GCCGUGAGAAGUGGGCGGUGACAGGACAGGGUGCCUGAAGGAGGAGGAGGAAGGGAAAAAAGAGACCAUAGACUUCUCCCUCGGCCUAGAGCGGCCCUUAAAGUGCGGGGGAGAGGAGGGCGGGUGGGGACCACCCUAGAACUGGCCGCCGGCGGUAUCAUGGCGUCCCGGAACCCCCCUCCCCAAGAGUACGAAAGUGAUGACGACUCAUACGAAGUGUUGGAUUUAACUGAGUAUGCAAGAAGACACCACUGGUGGAAUCGAGUGUUUGGCCACAGUUCUGGACCUAUGGUAGAAAAAUACUCAGUAGCUACCCAGAUUGUAACGGGUGGCGUGACUGGCUGGUGUGCAGGAUUUUUAUUCCAGAAGGUUGAACUUGCGGCAACUGCAGUAGGCGGUGGCUUUCUUCUUCUUCAGAUCGCCAGUCACAGUGGCUAUGUGCAGAUCGACUGGAAGAGAGUUGAAAAAGAUGUAAACAAAGCAAAGAGACAGAUUAAGAAACGAGCAAAUAAAGCAGCACCUGAAAUCAACAAUAUAAUUGAAGAAGCAACAGAAUUUAUCAAACAGAACAUUGUGAUAUCCAGUGGAUUUGUGGGAGGCUUUUUGCUAGGCCUUGCAUCUUAAGGACACGAAUAUUCUACUCUAGUGAAUCCACCUGUGAGAAGAGAAGUGGUGGCGCUCUCAAGAGCACAUGCUGCAGACUCUCCAGAGCAAGGAGAAACAACUCGCUGGACAAUAUCAAAUUCACAACUUAGCGUUUUGCCAUCUGAAGCUUGGCAAACUAGUAUCUGCUGUAAAACCUAUGUGGUAUGUGAACAAUAAUAGCAUUCUUGAGCAAAUAUGGCUUUUGUCAUUUUUUUCUAAAUUUGCAUCUAUUAAGAAACUAGCCUAUAUAAUA